AUGGUGAACAGCGGGAGUCGGGGUGGAGGCACCGGGGGUGGCUACCGAGGCGGAGGCCACCAAAGCCAAGUCAACCGCGGCGGCGGUGUCGUUGGCACAGGCAUGAUGCCCAUGGGCGCCAUGCCUGCGAUGAUGGGCAUGAACCCGAUGGCCAUGGGUGGUAUGGGCAUGGGCAUGGCAAACAUGGCCAAUAUGGCGAUGGGCAUGGGCAUGGGUGCCGGUGGUUACAUGGGAGGCAGAGGCAACUACCAAGGCGGGCGUGGGGCGAUGAUGGGACGUGGGGGCAUGAUGGGCGGACGUGGAGGUAUGAUGGGAGGCGGCGGUAUGGGGCGCGGCGGUGGUCACUUUAAUCCCUCCUUCAUGGGAGGUGGCGGCGGCGAUGCCAAUGCUCAAAAGAGGCGUCGAACAGACGAACAAUGA